CAACAGCCUCGUCGCCAGCGGCCGGAGCUCCUCCUCUUUCGCCUUCUCCUGGCAUCCCCGUCUCGCUCGCUCUCUCUCUCUCUCCCCGGCUGCUCCGCGCCCUGUAUGGUCCAUCGCCGCCGCCCUGCUCCGGCACCACCUCCGCCGCCGCCUCCUUCUCCAGUUCCCUUCGGCUUAGCUCCUCCUGCCCCCGGCGGUGGCGCCCUCAGCACCGAGGCUGUAUGAUCAGGCUACAGUCUUCAAUGAGUAACCAUAUUCCUCAGUUCUGUGGUGUUCUCGGUCACACAUUUAUGGAGUUUCUGAAGGGCAGUGGGGACUACUGCCAGGCACAGCACGGCCUUUAUGCAGACAAGUGAACUGUAGAAAUUGAUUACUGCUCCACCAAGAAGCCCCCUUAAAG